CAGCUGAAAAGUUAAAGAAAUACAAACAGACAUUCCUCCACAGCUGAACAGACUCGUGUCUUCUUCACUCAGCUCAGACCGAAGGAUCUCGCAUCUCACCCUGUUCUUCUCAACUCGUUACGUGGUAUUCAUCCAGAAUAGCUUUGGGAUUAUUUUAUAUCCCAUUUCUAGAUGGAGCCAUUGGCAGGUAUUCCGGUCAAUGAAGUUGAAGAUAACCAGGUGGAGAAUCCGCAGGCCACACCCACAUCAAACUCUGGAAAGUCUGAACUUAAAAAGGAUGAAUUUUGGCCGCUUUCAGGGAAGCCAUAUUUCAGUGUUGUUCUUUGCAAAAGUCACCUCAAGCCUAGAUAUCAGUUGGUUCUUCCAGGCAAAAUUUGCCAGGCCCUGCCUGACGGUUGUGUCCCUGUGGUUCUGACUUAUUGCGGCAAGAACUGGGGCAUGAUGUAUCUUGGAUGUGGAGAUCAAAAAAAGUUCGACAGCACAUGGAAAUCAUUUGUGCAUGAUAAUGAUCUGGAGAUUGGGGAUGCUUGCGUAUUUGAACUCGUGGAGUCCAACAUCGAUAUCAUCAGGUUCAGAGUUCAGAUUCUUAGGGGUGACUUCCCAGCUGAAUUGGAGGAACGGGUUAAUGGUGAGACUUCAAGCACUCCUAUUAUCCUUGAUUAGGAUUACCCGUUUGUUCUGCAGAUUGUUGGUAUUUUGAGGAGAUUGUUGUAUAAAGGAACUCGUACCAAUCAAAGUAGUUGAAAUACCCACAGAUCUUUUGUGACUAGUGUUGUCGCAUUA